AAAACACACAUUCGAUCAUUUCUACACAUAGAAUCCCAAACACUACCAUGAAAUCUCAGAAAGAUAACCUUCACAAGGCUGCACAAGACUUCUCACUACUAGAUCAAUACUUUCCUGGGCAUCAUCAGCACACAGAAGCAGGUCUCGGUCCCAUCAUGGGGUGGACUACUACUACCAGGUACCCUGAAUAUGAAGAUCAGUACCAUGUUCAGUUCCAGAAUCAAAACUUUCAUUAUUUGAGACCUCCAACUCGCACACUUUUACUGGAGCCUGUUAUUAUCAUCAAUUCCUCGUCAGAUCAUGUUUACCAGGUACACCAUGUUGCUAGAGCAAAUCAUGCAAAUCAGGUGCCAUUUAAAACAAAAGAUGAUGUCUUCAGCGGCAGGCGGAAUUCAUAUCAGGUGCCCCCAGCAGCAGCCAGGACAAACAAAAGCAAUUUUGGUGGUUGGCCUUUUCGUCAAGGAUAAGGAAUAUAGGCAAAUCAAGUAAAACCUUACAAUUAUAGGCUUUGUCAACUUUCUGUUUAGUAUGGUUGGUGUUUCUGGUUUUAUUUUUUGUUUUUGUUUUUGUUUUUUUUAUAUUUAGUAGUUAAUACUAUAUGAAGUAAUUCGAACUUCUAAGUAUAUAGUAUUAGUCACUAAAUAUAAAAGAAUGAAAACAAAAUUAAAAUCAGAAAUAGCAAUUAAAUAUAGCCUUUAUUAGACAUAAAAUUACUAGUCUUUUUUUUUUUUUGGUGAAAAUAAAAUUACUAGUUUGCUAUAGUAGUACCAUCUACAGCUGAACUAAGAGUGAGUGAGACACAUCAUGUAUCUAUCUCUGUUAUCCUUUGCAGCUUGAAUAUUAGUUCUACUUGUAAGGUUGUGGUGCUUGAUUAAAUAUGUAUUGUCUUC